ACCCCCUGCCAGUUACUGGGACAAUUUCAUCUAAACGGGAUGCACAAGGCUGGAGAUGUGGUUCUGGGUGGGCUGUUCGAGAUCCACUUCUUUUCUGUCUUUCCUGACCUGUCUUUUACCUCAGAGCCACAACAGCCUACCUGUCACAGUUUUGAUGUUCUAGGAUUUAAGCAAGCCCAGACCAUGGCCUUUGCUAUUGAUGAGAUCAACAGAAACUCCAACCUGCUGCCUAAUGUGACUCUGGGUUAUAGUCUGUAUGACAACUGCGUCAAACUAGGUAUUGGAUUCCGUGCAGCGUUGUCAUUAGCCAGCGGUCUAGAGGAGCAGUUAAUGCUGGACAAGACCUGUGCAGGAAACCCUCCAGUCCUAGGAAUUGUGGGUGAUUCUUCCUCCACACGUUCUAUUGCCAUCUCCUCUGUCUUAGGUUUGUACAGAGUACCUAUGGUGAGUUAUUUUGCCACAUGUUCAUGCCUGAGUGACCGGCAGAAGUUUCCAUCCUUUUUUAGGACGAUUCCAAGCGAUGCUUUCCAGGUGCGUGCUAUGAUUCAGAUUCUCAGGCGCUUUGGCUGGACUUGGGCAGGUCUGCUGAUCAGUGAUGAUGAUUAUGGACUCCAUGCUGCCCGAUCCUUCCAAUCUGACCUGGCUCAGUCUGGUGGAGGCUGUCUGGCCUACUUAGAGGUUUUGCCCUGGGGCAAUGAUCCAGCUGAACUCAGGAGGAUUGUGGAGUUUAUGAGGAAAUCUACGGCUCGUGUGGUCAUUGUGUUUGCACAUGAAAGUCACAUGAUCAACCUCAUGAAAGAGGUGGUGAGGCAGAAUGUGACAGGCCUGCAGUGGAUGGCCAGUGAAGCCUGGACUGCAGCUACUGUGCUUCAGACUCCUCAGCUCAUGCCGUACCUGGGUGGCACUCUGGGCAUUGCUAUCCGUCGAGGACACAUACCAGGGUUCAGGGACUUUCUGCUACAACUACGUCCUGAACUACAACACAACAACAGCUUUGGAAAUAACAUGGUAAAUCAGUUUUGGGAACACACAUUUCAGUGUAAAUUUGCACCACCUCAAGCAGGUUGGGUGGAAGCUGGGGGAUCACUAUGCACUGGACAGGAAGAUCUAGAAAAUGUGGACACUGAGUUCUUGGACAUCUCCAACCUCAGACCAGAAUAUAAUGUGUACAAGGCUGUGUAUGCCCUGGCAUAUGCUCUUGAUAACAUGCUGCAGUGUGAGCCAGGGAGAGGACCUUUCAGUGGGCACAGCUGUGGCAGUUUGCAAAGACUGGAGCCAUGGCAGCUUGUGUAUUACUUGGAAAAGGUCAACUUCACCACACCGUUUGGUGAUCAAGUGUCAUUUGAUGAGAAUGGUGAUGCCUUACCAAUAUAUGAUGUCAUGAACUGGUUGUGGCUCCCUGAUGGACAAACUAAAGUUCAGAAUGUAGGUGAGGUGAAAGAGUCAGCCAAAGGUGAAGAACUCACACUUGAUGAAGAUAAAAUCUUCUGGAACUUUGAAUCCAAACAGCCACCCCGGUCAGUGUGCAGUGAGAGUUGUCCUCCAGGUACACGCAUGGCUAGAAUAAAGGGGAAACCUGCAUGCUGCUUUGCAUGCAUCCCUUGUUCUGAGGGGAAGAUCAGCAAUAUGACUGACUCCAUAAAGUGCACCAGUUGUCCAGAGGAUUUCUGGUCCAGCCCUCAACGUGACCACUGUGUUCCUAAGAAAACAGAGUUCCUCUCCUAUAAUGAGCCUCUGGGUAUCUGUUUGACAACUGCCUCAUUGUUGGGCACAUUUAUAUGUGUUGUUGUGCUGGGAAUCUUUAUCCACCAUCGUAGCACCCCUAUAGUACGCGCCAACAAUUCAGAACUGAGUUUCCAGCUAUUGCUGUCUCUUAAAUUAUGUUUCCUUUGCUCACUGCUCUUUAUUGGACGUCCCAGGCUGUGGACAUGCCAACUGAGACAUGCAGCAUUUGGGAUCAGCUUUGUGUUUUGUGUAUCAUGCAUCCUGGUGAAAACCAUUGUGGUUCUGGCUGUGUUCAAGGCCUCCAAGCCAGGAGGUGGAGCCCAUCUGAAGUGGUUUGGUCUUUUGCAGCAGAGAGGAACAGUUCUGGUUCUUACUUCUAUUCAGGCACUAAUUUGCACUGCUUGGCUUGUCUCUUCCUCACCAGCUCCUCAUAAAAACACUCAAUACCACAAUGACAAGAUAGUUUAUGAGUGUGUAGUUGGGUCCACGGUUGGUUUUGGAGUGUUACUGGGCUAUAUUGGCUUACUGGCCAUCCUCAGUUUUCUGUUAGCAUUCCUGGCAAGGAAUCUUCCAGAUACUUUCAAUGAGGCCAAACUCAUCACUUUCAGCAUGCUGAUCUUCUGUGCAGUGUGGGUGGCCUUUGUCCCUGCUUAUGUCAGUUCACCAGGCAAGUAUGCAGAUGUAGUUGAGGUAUUUGCCAUCCUAGCCUCCAGUUUUGGCCUCUUGGUGUCACUGUUUGGUCCCAAAUGUUACAUUAUCCUGUUGAGACCAGAGAGGAACACAAAGAAAGCGAUCAUGGGUCAUGGCACCGAGUCAUAAAACCUGCACUUAGUUUCAUAAGACAGAAUUAAUCAAUCUUCUCUGUACAGUACAAAAAUACAGGCAGAAAAAUAGGUUAAGAGUAGUAGCAAUGUUCAAUUACUAAGAAAAAAUGGCUAAUAAUGAACU